AUGGGUUUCAGACUUCUAAUUUUAAUGGCCAUGGGCCUGGGAGCCAUGUAUAUGUUACAUUUAUUGGCUCAGGAUUGGGAUAAGAUACGACAACCUGUACCAGCAGCUGUAUCACGAUUAUUAAGUGGAGCGAGUCGAUCCUAUUUAUUACGUGGUAAACGUGACAUACAUGGUGAUGCCAUUGGACAUCAUCGCCAUGUACGGCGUAUUCCAGAGAAACAUUUAGCCAGGAAAACAAAUGCCACCGUUAAUGUUAUCGAUUGGAAACGUAUCCUUUCACGUGAUCCCUUUGAAUGUUUACAAUCAUUGGUGUGCCAACUUCUGUCGGGUGCUGAAAAAAAUUCCGAAGAAGCGGUGUUGAUAUGUGAUUUUCUCGAGGAGAAUAUAAGUGUGGCACCAUCGAAAAUCGGACGUGCCUUUAGUCGUGGUUUGGCUUAUCGCGGCCGUACCGAACGUUGUUACGAUGAAUAUCCUUUUUGUUGGUAUUCCGCGAAGACUAUGUUGAAAAUGUUAAAAUGGCUGGCUGAAACUGUGGAGAAUGAUACGUCUUAG